AUGGAAAGAAACAGAGAUUUGAGGAGAGUGAGCAUGGCUGCUAUCAACGGGGUAUCGAAAAGACGACACAAAACCAACAACAUCCGUGAUUCACACGAAGAAGAUGGAGAAAUGGAAUUACAGGAAAGAGGGCGAGCACAGAAGAAGAAUACGAGUCGAGAGGUUUCAAAGAGAAGAAGGGUAGAGAGAGAUAUACACCAUGGGAGAGCUGGUGGAAGUAACAGAGAGGUGGAGACUGGAGGUGGAGAUGCGGAUUGCAAGGAUGACAGUUGUGAGGAAGACUACGAGGAGGAAGAGAAUGGAAGAAUUCGUCGUCUUAAUCAGAUGGAUCGACUGGGGCCACCGUACAAUAGUCAGAGUCAGCGGCGGAGGCUUCGUACCUUACGGUCAUCGCCGGCACUGAGGACGGUCUCCGAUGAGAUUAUCGGUGUUCCAAUUCCUAGAAGAACUCGCUCUGCUUCGACAAAAAGGUUGCACGAGUACUGCAAUUCAGAGAGUGGGGGAUCCGAGGAAGACCUAAGUUACCGGAGACUUUCAUCGGCGGCAGCGAAUCCGAAGGGUGGUGACACUGUCGCUCCUUCGUCUUCGGGUGUUUGUUCGAAGGAGAAGACACUCAACUUUUCUAACUCAUCCGGCCCUAAAAUUUGCAUUCCGAAAAGUUUUUCCAAUUCCAGGCAUUCUUCAUUGAUUCAAGAUGAUGAGAUAGAGGUUGCCGAAGCUCUGUUCGAUCUGCUGAAGCAAUCUCAAUCCUCAAAAAAGCAAGAAAAUCUUGAUUCAGAUUGCAAAAACAAUGCUGGUGAUAAAUCUUCUCAGACAUCAGAUUUGUCUCGGGACGUAAGCUCAUCUUUCACCACAUUGCUAGAUGAUGGCUUAAGGAGGGAAAAAGCUGGGGAUGAUUCUUUUCACGUUCAAAAUGGGCAAUCAAUGGAAGUGGAUACUAAAACAAUCAUGAUUGACGGAAUGGAGCCGAUGAAGGAGAAAUUUCCAAGUAACACAGCAGCUCAAAAAUCCAUUUCUGAUGGCGUAGUAAAUAAAGAGGAAAUGGUGGAUCGAAAAGAAAGUGAAUCAUCACCAUGUGCCAAAGUCAAUGAAGAUGAACCAAUGGAUUCGACAGGGACAAAAGCGAAGACUAGGGCAAUGGAGGUGGAGACUACUCGAGAGACCAAGUUCGGGAUUGAUUUGAUGGCUCCUCCGCCCUUGCCUUCGUCCCCUGAAAGAGAUGGGUUGAUCUGUAAAGUGUACGAUCAUAAAUGUACAAGCCAUAAUGUUCAAAUGGAUGAUCCAUCAGCAGUUGCAAUGCAUGAAGAGAAAAAAAAGGGAAGAAUUGGUAUUAAGCAAGAAUCGCAAAACAUUGAUAGCAGCGGCCCAAGUAAACCACAGCAGCAGGGUGGGAAGCAGCAGAAAACUCAGUUGCAAUCUUCUUCAUUGGCUUUCUCAAUUGCUACGAGUAGCUGGCCUGGUGUUCUUUCUCAUUCGGGACUUAUGCCCUCAAUGCGGACAGACAAUCCCAUAAAUGGAAGUGCCAGAUCUUCAACUGCAUUUCAGCUACCUCCAUUUAAACUCUCACAGCCUCAGCCAAGGAGAUGCGCAACACAUCAGUGUAUUGCAUGGAACAUUUGUUAUCAUCAGCAACUUACUGAGAAAGCUCUGUGGUCUGGAGCAGCUGGUCCUACUUUAUGUGGAGCUAAGACAUCAAAUCAUAAUUCUAUGCAACCAACACAGAAGUUGAUACUUGAAAACAAGUCACGAGUAGACUUCUUUCCAGGAGAUCAGAAUUUGACAACUAAAGGAACCAAUGGAAAAGACAAAAGCACGGAAACUGUUGCAAGUUUGGAUAUUGCACAGAGUAGAAAUCAUGUUCUUCAACAAGCUCCACGGCAAGUCCAUGCUGGUAAUUUGAUGCAUGGCCCUGCUUUGAUAUUUCCACGUGGUGAUCGUCAAGCAGCGGUGGCAGCUACGAAUAAUAGUUCUGGACCUCCUCAAUCUGCUUCUAUCAUGGGCGAUGCAUCUUUGUCUACUAAUUUUCCCUCGGGACUCUCAGUAUUGAGCUUUGAUCAUUCGAAAUUCCCCUCCAAUGAAGCAUCCCCAUACAGUUCCAACAUUGAAAUGCCUCCUCCUAGAGGAACACAGGCCCCAGUUGUGCCUUUUCUUAACGGUUAUUAUUCUUUGCCACCAUUCAGUUUUCCUCAAAAUCAGCCACAGUUGUCCCAUCCUCGCGUUCUAGCCCAAUCAGCUCCACAAGAUACUCUCACAUCCAGUGAUGUGUCAUCCCACAAGUCACAACAUGGUGAUCAACGAACCGGCAUAAAAAUCAGUGGCAAUAGCUUUCUCGUGCCAACUGUACAUUCAGAUCAGCCAGAGAAGCAGCAACACCUGCCAUCCCAUUCAUCUAGCAAGUCUGACACUGAUAUCAGUAGGAAAAGUAGUGGAGCAAUUGCUGAUAGUGCAGUAUCUCAAUCUCUGACUACAAAUAAUGUCCCGAACUUUUUAAUUCCAACGAAUUUUGCCCUGUUUCCUCCAGGGAAAAUGAGUGGUGGUGCAAUAGGCAAUAAACAUGGUGAUCCACAGAAGCAGGGAUCUAACAGUAGAGUUGACGUCAUCCCUCAAGCAUUUUCCUUGUCAUUUGGUUCAAAUGCUUCUACAACUACAGCAAUUAACUUCUCAUCCAUUGCACAAAAUUCUGCCAUCUUCCAGAUGCUUCCUGACAUGGCUCAGUAUGGGUAUCAGAUGGCACCUACUGCCCAAAUGGUGCAACAACCUAAGAAUUCGCAGGUACCAGAAGGAAAAACUACACCUGCUUCAAAUAAUACUGUUGAUCGACAAAAAGUUAUAUUGGGGAAGCCUCCGAGAAGUGGUAAAUCUAUCGUGGGAACUUCAGUUUUUGAUGGUUCAUCUCGAACAGUCAAUUUUCUCCCUAUACCCGUUGCUGGAAAUCAACCUAUUCCUUCAUCCUCAGCUGCAAUCACAUAUUUUGAUUCUGUUAACGAACUAAAUUCAGGACAGCGCCAGACCCAGCAGCAACUGAUACAUCUUCAGAGGCAGCAAAUGCAGCUGAUUGGUCACAUUAAGGAACCAACAUUUGUCCCUGGUACUUUUAUUACUAGCAGUGUCCCAAAUAACAACCGUGUUAGCUCACAAAUUUCUGUGCAUCAGAACAAUUCAUCCCUGUCUACUCCAUGGCACAACUUGCCUAGAACAACGGUUCCAGGAGUUUCAUCUGCACCUGCUACUUCUAGCCUCGUAAACAUUCCCCAGCGACAACCUAGAAAUUCUCAAGGCCAGACACAGAUAUCUUUCCAGAGUGGUUUAGACUCAGCUUCAGCAUUUCAAGGACAACAGUCGGUAAACGAUCCAGCAGGAUCCUCAACAGUUGGAUCUCCAUCUAAUUCUCCUGUUUCAAAAAGCACGGAGCCUUCUCCAAAUGGACCGAGCCAGAAAUCCUCCCCAGCUUGUGGAAGGAAUGUACCGCCAAUUUUAAGCACGUGCCCAGGCCAACUGUCAGAGCUCAAGUACUGA